CUUCACAAUUGGCUCUGGAAAAACAUUGAUCCAAUGUACAAUACAUACUCGUAGAAGUACUUUAUGAGUGCUGCCUGGGGUGGACUGGUAUUGCAUGGUCAUCAUUGGCAAAUUAAGAUGAGCAGUGUUUCUCUGUAUGGGACACUAACAGAGCCACUGCUAAAAAGUUGACUUGUCUGGAGUGACUGCCACAAGAGAUGGAGGUUCUCAAUAACGAUCAUACAACCACAACAAAACCCAGGGCAGCGCUUUGAAUCUAACGUAUGCCUCACCAUUGACCUUGAUAGGUUUGGUUUCUGAGCUUGAACUAUUGUUAAUCAUUAGUUAUAAAAGAGACAUGAGGGGUGUCAUAAUGAAGCUUGGGAGGGACUGAGUGCCGGGAACACGGUCACACGUGGCGGUACUGAUAAGAGCAGGAACCGUUUAAGGCCCAUUUCACUCAGAUCCCUGCCUAGCAAUAAGGAUGCAAUGUUUAGCGAUAAGGAGGAGACUCCACCCAAAGUGGGGUAUGUAUACUACCACGGGUGAAACCAUGUGUUUGUCUGAAUGCAGCUGUAUUGACCCUCUGGGCAGAAUUAUCUUGGUUUUAAAGCUUUCAUUGUAUCCGUUGAGUUUGUACUCUGAAAAUUAGAACCUAACAACCUGAAACACGACGCUUCACAAACAUGCCGCAAUGUCAUGGCAUGCGACCACUCUCCCCUCCCAGCCGUGCCUGCCAGACCUGGUAUGCAGACAGCUGUCCUACGACGACAGCACACAUACACGCCUCGCUGGGGCAAAUUAAAACUUUAAAGAGCUCCAACAGGACAGCUGUGUGUGUGAGAGUGUGUGUGGUGUGGUGUGGUGUACAUUUCCCUGUCCACUUACCAGCUCUCUCAUUUCACUGGUAGAGGACUAAGGGACUCAAGGACAUCUUCCCAUCCAGCGCUGCCAGAUAGCCACAGAGCAGUACUACUGUAGACAGCCUGUAUCAAUAUCAAUUCAGCUGAGGUGUGAUUAUUGCUGGUUGAAAACUCGGAUCAGAUCAACCUAUCAUCUGCCACCAUGGGAGCCUACAUUGCCAAGAUGCUGCUGCCCACCGUUAGUAGCCUGGUGUUCCUGCCUGCAGCCAGCGUGGCCACCAAGAGAGGCUUCCACAUGGAGGCCAUGGUCUACUUCUUCACCAUGUUCUUCACCACGAUUUACCAUGCGUGUGAUGGGCCAGGCCUCUCCAUCAUAUGUUUCAUGAAGUAUGAGAUCCUGGAGUACUUCAGCGUGUACGGAACAGCCAUCUCGAUCUGGGUCACACUGAUAGCUUUAGGGGAUUUUGAUGAGCCAAAGCGUUCUACUCUGACCAUGUUUGGGGUUUUGACCUGUGCUGUGAGGAUCUACCAGGACCGCUGGGGCUAUGGGAUCUACUCUGGACCAAUAGGAUCAGCAGUAUUCAUAAUCACUGUCAAAUGGUUACAGAAAAUGAAAGAGAUAAGGGGCCUCUACCCCGAGAAGAGCGUAUACACCCAACAGGUGGGGCCAGGAUGCUGCUUCGGUGCCCUGGCUCUGAUGCUCCGCUUCUACUUUGAGGAGUGGGACUACGCUUAUGUCCACAGUUUCUACCACCUGUCUAUGGCCGUGUCCUUCGUGCUGCUGCUACCCAAGAAGAACCGCUAUGCAGGGACAGACAACCCCGCCAAGCUCAGCUGCUACACCCUCCUCUGCUGUACACCUUUUCCUGCUUCUACGAAGGAGAAGAAGGACAAGAAGAAGACCCCGUCUCGAACCAUUUGGACCAUUCCCACUGAGCGGCCUUGGACACGGGCCUGCAACUCACCAACUCUCCCUCUGUUCAACCCACCUAGUACACCUGUUAAGAAAGCUCUGGACAUCACUACACCUGUUAAGAAAGGAUGGGAGAUCAUCAACACUACACCUGUUAAGAAAGCACUGGACAUCAACACUACACCUGUUAAGAAAGCACUGGACAUCAACACUACACCUGUUAAGAAAGCACUGGACAUCAACACUACACCUGAUAAGAAAGCACUGGACAUCAACACUACACCUGAUAAGAAAGCACUGGAUUUCACUACGCCUGUUAAGAAAGGAUGGGAGAUCAUCAGUACUACACCUGUUAAGAAAGGACUGGACAACAGCGCUAAAACUGUUAAGAGAGCACUGGACUUCAGCUGCACUAAACCAGUAGAGAAGGGACUGGACAUCAGACUAGAUAUGAGCAGCACUAAACCUUUUCACAAAGGACUGGACAUCAGCAAGCUCAAAGAACAGAAUGGGUGGAAGUGACCCCACAAGACAGAUAAACUUUUAUGAGUCAGUUGGUCUUGGUGAUGUCCAGAGAGAAAGCAAAUAGAGAGAGAACGAUGUCAUACAAUACAGGGUUACAGGAACACAGACAUCAUCCACGAAGGUCAGGCCCUGGCCUGUGCCCUCAGGGAGACAAAGAGUAUGGCUGUCUCUUCUGUCUGUACAGAAAACAGGAGAGAAGCCCUUUACUUCAAAACAUGAGGAGAGUGACAGGGAGAAGGGUUCCUGAGGCAAGCCAGUAAAACUGACUGGAAAAUUUGUGAGUAGCACAGGCGGCAGACAUUUUUUCUCUCCAAGAUGAAUAAAUUGUCUUUCAAAUGUUUCUCAGGAGGGACCUUUCGUCUGCUGCUCUCUCUCUCUGAGAAAGGAACUAUGCAGUUAAAUUCAGUUAUGAAAAUUACAAGAUUGUAAAAGCACAUUUUACUCGCUUUAUAUAUCCCCUAGGUGCCAAACAUGUCAUCUGGUGCAUCAGACAUUUGAGUGCAGCAGAAUCCGGUCCAGACACUAGACUGUAAACCAACUGCAGCGUUUUAGAAUGUUUAGAAUGAGGUGGCAGGUAUUUAUUCCAGUAUAUUGAGUGACCAAGCAACUUCGACUUUGUAUCCUUACUUUUCAGCCUCACUCUCGCUAACCGUUUUUAUGAUGAACUUUACAUAAUGCUUAUUUAUUGCAAUGGGAAGGGUUUUAUUUAACCGUGAUGGUUUCACUAUAAUGUAUGUAAUUCUUUUUCAAAUAAAUGGUUGAUGUUUCCUUU